AUGGCGCGACGGAUUGUCCGUACGGCUCUGCAGGUGACUGCAGUUGGCAUCUUCACCUUUAUCCUCCUCUUCUUCGUCGACCGCAACUACCGCGUGCUGCCCAACGCCAUCCACGAGUACAUGCCUCAGCACCACCACGGCCUCGUUGUCACCGACAUCCGCAUCACACGAUGCUCCUCCCUCAACGUCUUUUCGUCCUGCAAGCUCGACUCCGACCAGUGGCACCGCAUCGAAAAGGACCUGUACCUCGGCAAGAGCAUGUCGCACGCCUACGUCCACGUCAAGCGGAAGAAGGAGGCCGACCUGGAGCCAAAUGACAAGGUGGUCCUGGACGUGGCCGUGGGCCGCCUCGACCCAGGUGCCAGCGUCAAGGGCCAGGAGGAGGAGCGCUGGGACUCGCGCGGAGCCGGUCUGUGGAUCAAGCGCACCGAGAAGAAGCAUGUGGGCGACACCAACAACGCCGUGACGGCGAUUGACGUGCUCUUUGGCGACGACGCCGUCGAGGCGCGCGACGGCUGGGCCAUCAAGGGCACGCCCCUGUUGCUGGAUGGUGGCUCUAGCGUCCCGGCGGCGCACAUGACGGUACGCAAGGGCGGCGUGCACGAUGCGACCAAACCGCAGCCGCGCAUCCACGACAACGGCAAGUUCAAGAUUGUGCAGCUGGCCGACCUGCACCUGAGCACGGACGUGGGCCACUGCCGCGACGCCGUGCCCAACACGUACAACGGCGGCAAGUGCGAGGCAGACCCGCGCACGCUGGACUUUGUGGCGCGGAUCCUCGAGGACGAGCGGCCCGAUCUUGUCGUGCUGAGCGGCGACCAGGUCAACGGCGAGACGGCGCCCGACGCGCAGUCGGCCAUUUUCAAGUACGCCGGCCUUCUGAUCAAGCACAAGAUCCCCUACGUCUCCAUCUUCGGUAACCACGACGACGAAGGCUCGCUAGCGCGCACGGGCCAGAUGUCGCUGAUCGAGACGCUGCCCUACUCGCUUUCCAAGGCCGGGCCCGACACCGUGGACGGCGUCGGCAACUACGUCGUCGAAGUGCUGGCCCGCGGCAGCUCGUCGCACUCUGCCCUCACCCUCUACCUCCUCGACACCCACGCGUACUCGCCCGACGAGCGCAAGUACCACGGCUACGACUGGAUCAAGCCGAACCAGAUCGACUGGUUCAAGAACACCGCCCAGGGCCUGAAAAAGAGCCACGCCGAAUACACGCAUGUCCACAUGAACGUGGCCUUUAUCCACAUCCCGCUGCCCGAGUACCGCGACGCCUCCCUCUACUUCAAGGGCGACUGGAAGGAGCCGCCCACCGCCCCUGUCUUCAACUCCAACUUCCGCGACGCCCUUGUCGAGGAGGGCGUUGUCAUGGUCAGCUGCGGCCACGACCACGUCAACGAGUACUGUGCGCUGUCGACCGACGACAAGACCAACGUGCCCCGCCUGUGGAUGUGCUAUGGCGGCGGCGCCGGGUUCGGCGGCUACGGCGGCUACGGCGAGUUCAACCGCAAGAUCCGCGUCUUUGACUUUGACAUGAACGAGGGCCGCAUCACCACAUGGAAGCGCGCCGAGCACGGCGAGGACAUUGACAAGAAGCUGGACGAGCAGAUUAUUGUCGAUGCCGGCAAAGCGGCACCGCCGCCAGAGAAUUUGUGA